UGGCAGCGGCGGACCGGGCCGGCAGAUACGCGACGUGCCGCCUCCGGGCCGGGAGAGAGGGAGCUGUCGUCUCCUGGCCCGGGGGAGCGGCCGGCAUCACGGAAUGAAGUGGAAGUCAGCUGAACUAAUGUGUGCGCUACUGAGACGAAAUGACAUUCGUGUUUGUGAUGAAUGGAAAUCAUGGCAGCAUCUAACAUGGGAGGAAAAGACAUGAAUGGACAAUGUGGCGUGACUCAUUCAGACUGCAAAUCUUCUGCCUUCUUAUGGCAGUACUGGCUGUUGUGGUGCUGGUCCAUAACUUUUUUCAGUUAGAGCACCUGGAUGACUACACAGUUUCAGGAUCAAAUUGGAUAACGGAGAACAAUGACCAGCCUUCUCUAUCGCAGACAACUAAAACUACCAGGAAGCCUUACUGUGGUUAUGAGCAGCAGACUUUGUCCAAAAGAGAACAAGCUGAACAGGAAUCAUUGCUUGCUGCACUACAAUGGCCGAAACCCCCUGAUGGCAAAAUUGGUUUUUUACAAAGCACUGAUCCAGUACACAGUGACUUUGUGAUUGUGAAGCCCAGAAGUUUCUUCAAGGUGGGUGACCAGUUAGAGGUGGUUGUUCGUGUGAGGGAUUUCCAAGGAAAACCCAAGCAAUAUGGUGGAGACUAUCUACAGGCACGAAUCCACUCUCCAGUGCUGAAAGCUGGAGCAAUAGGAAGGAUUGUAGACUGCCAUAACGGCCUUUACAAAGUCUUUUUUACGUUACUUUGGCCAGGAGAGGUCAAAGUAUCUGUGACUCUCGUUCAUCCAAGUGAAGCAGUCCAAGUCCUCCUGCGUUUACGAGAAGAAAGGCCUGACAGAGUUUAUUUCAAAAGCUCAUUCAAGUCUGGGAGAUUUUCAGAAACUACUGAGUGCAAUGUAUGCUUGCCUGGAGAUCUUCCAGUCUGUAACUUCACAGAUCUCUACACUGGUGAGCCCUGGUUCUGUUACAAGCCACGAAAACUGUCCUGUUCCAGCCGAAUCAGCCAUGCCAAGGGUGGAUAUCAAAAAGGCCUUCUGACACAUGAAGAAAGCCUCUUUUUCCAAAGUGAUGUGAACAUCAAAAUGCCCAUACUCUCCAGAGGACCUGACUCGGUGAUUGUAAAGCCCAAGGCAUUUACAGAUUCAAGCAAUAUGGACAAGGCUGAAGAUCCCACAGUUUCCCCUUCUGGUUAUUACUAUGAAGAUCUUUGGAGACCAAGAACACACUGGAUUUAUCAUUUUAACAAGUCAGAUGAUAUAAGCAAGUGCUUACAAGGAAAAGUAAUCCACUUGUUUGGAGACUCUACAAUAAGGCAGUGGUUUGAGUAUCUGACUGCAGCUGUUCCAGAUCUAGUGGAGUUUAAUCUGGGGAGUCCUAAGAAUGUGGGCCCUUUUAUGUCUGUGGAUCUGAAGCACAACAUCCUACUGAAGUUCCGCUGUCACGGACCACCCAUUCGCUUUACAACAGUCUUUACAAGUGAACUGCGCUACAUUGCUAACGAACUGAAUGGCAUCGUUGGGGGGAGAAACACUGUGAUAGCCAUAACUAUAUGGUCCCACUUCAGCACUUUCCCUGUGGAAGUGUAUAUCAGGAGGCUGAGGAACAUUCGGAGGGCAGUUAUUCAACUGCUGGACCGCAGCCCCAAGACUUUAAUCGUCAUCAGAACUGCAAACGUUCAGGAGCUUGGGCCAGAAGUGAGCCUCUUUAACAGUGACUGGUAUUCCCUUCAGCUUGAUUCUGUCAUGAGGAAAAUGUUCUCAGGAAUUGCUGUGCACUUUGUGGAUGCUUGGGAGAUGUCUCUGGCUCACUACUUGCCACAUAACUUGCACCCAAAAGAAGUAAUUGUUAGGAAUCAAAUAGAUACAUUUCUAUCUUACGUGUGCCCUCUGCAAAUUUAGCACAAGUAGGCAUCCCUGUGUCACGUUUUGCUGCAGCUGAGGUAAAGUUGGUCUUUGCCAGAGCUACUAAGUUUAUGCUGGAUGGUAUUUAUUGUAUCUGCAUUCAGCAUAAGCAGGGUGGCCAUAAAUCUAGUAGCUGCGAGGGAUAGUAGAGAAGAGUUAACUGUUCAAGCCAUGCCUUGUGCGGUUGAUUCCUUAGAAUCUUAUUUAUGUCUCAGAUUAUUAGCAAGCACCUUAAAUUGACAAGAUUCAAUAGGGAAUUAUGUGGGUUAUUAGCUUUACUAGUUAUCUGCACUGUAUGUUUAGUCCACAUAACGUGGAAUCUGCUCAGAACUGGGUGGAAUCUAGUGAAAGAAUUAUUUGGGAGCAGUCUUUCUCCCGCACUCACUCUCUCUGUCAACUCAGAGUUGGAGGAGGAUCCCCUGCAGUCCUACGUUGGUCAGAGAAGCACAAUGCCUAUUCUUUUUUCAAAGUCCUAAUCAGAAAUGUGAAGUGUGUCUUAAAGCUGCUAUUGUCAUUCAAGGAAGCUUAGUCAUAAUAUCUAUACUAUGAAGUCAUCAGGAGUUGGCUAAAAUUUAGUAAAGCACACUAGUUAGGCAUUCUUGGUGUUUACAGAUAGCUGCUAAAUAAUGCAAAUGGCCAGUAUUUUAGUUGGGUUUCCUGUACUACUGAAUCUCUUCUGAGUUUUGAUACUGUUGUCUUCUUGAUUUAUCUGUAACAAAGCAAAGUGUGUAUGUUGACCCCAGUGAAGGCACUGUCUCAGGCAUUUUGUGCAUGUUAAAACUGCAAGCUUGCCUGCUCGAGGCAUUUCCUAAUGAAAUCAUUUUACUUCCCUGUUGGAUAAACUUGUUCCUUUAUGCUCUUGCAAAGCUGGGCUUCUGUUGUGUACUUUUAUACAUACAUAAUACACUGUGUCAGGAGAAGCGAAGUUACUUGAAUACACUUAACAAUUUGUGAAUGGGUAGCAUAAGUCUGGCAUAAACUAGCAUCAAGGCUUUGUGCUGAUGUCCUCUUUUCCUUCUGUGUUGAGCAGUUUUAUUACUUACACUGGCAACAGUGAAGCUGUUGAAUAAAAGGUGACAGAAAAAUAAUAAAAAUCCCACCCCUGUAUAAAACAUCCAGGAAUGCCCUUCACACAGGUGCUCGGUAAAUGUUUGCUGUUUUGCCCAUGUGAAUGCAGGUGGCUCUUGGGCCUUCUGGAGCUGUUUUCAAUGCUGCCAAUUUGACUGAGCCUGCCUAUAGUUUUAAGAAGUAGCACUUUGAACAUUUUGAUUAAAUUCAGGUCUGAAAUUGCAGAGUAGGAACGUGUUCAGUGUUGUCUUACUUCUGGUCCCACUCAAGCCAAAGUUGGUCUUUAUCAAUGGCUGUACUGAGAAGUGUGUCAAGACACAUGUAGUAGAGUGCUUCUGAAGAAGUCCAUAGUGCUUAAAGAGAAUAUGAGUCUAUUAUUUGUGAGCGAACUGAGAAGAUAAAAAUUGAACAAAUGGGCAGGUUGCAGAGUGCAGUAACUGAAAUGCCUUUGUGUCAGAAGUGUUUUGCUCUCUGCCAGAUCUGUUGCCGUGUAUGAGAGCACUGUGCUCUUGUUACUGGGUACUGAAGGGAGCUUAUACUGCUAGCUACAGGAACGCUGUUUUAAAAACAAACGUAGGUGCUUUUAGCAUGUAGAAGUCAACGGCAUCCAUCAAUAAGCUUAACAAAUUGAAAAAGUUUAAAAAUCACUGUAGGAGUUGCAUACAGCCAAAUAGCAUUUAACCUUACCUUUUCAGACCAGAAUUCAGGGUGUCCGCUUUGUCAUUUGCUACUGACAACUGCCUUGCUUGGUGUCUGUGAAUAUAUUAGCUUUAGGUAAGUGUUUCUUACUUGAAUAUGUUAAUAGCAAUGCAUCUGCUGCCAGUAAGAGACCACACCAAUUCAGUCCUGGGAAUGUAAACCACCAACCACCACAAUGCAAAAUGACUUUUCAUCUUCUCUAGGUGCAUUUUUAAAAUGGGCAGAGUAUAAAGCUUUCAUCCUGAAUAAGAAAUCUAUCCAAAUAACAUUAAAGAAAAUUAAUUAAUUAAUGACAAGACUUCAAACUCUUACUUUGAAGGAAACUACUUAAUUUGUAGAGUAACCGUUUGGUUUUCCUCAAAAUGGUGUAUCGUGUGAAAGCAUUGUGACAGCAUGUUUCUUAUCUGAAUGUUCUGUUGUUCGCUAGUGCUCUUCAACAGCAACUUCUCAUCACUGUUAGCCAUCAAAAACAGAGAGGAAGAAAUCUUGAAUGUUGUGACAAUCAAGAGAACUAGAUUUCUAUUAGCAAAAAUGUCUAAUCACCUUCUGAUAGAACCUCUGCCUUUCAGAUUAAUUUUUUAAUAACAGAUUAAUGUGCAAGUCAUGAACUUGAGGAAAAUUGACCAUUAAUGUGGGCUGAGGACUGAUGAUUUAUUCCUUUGUACUCUGGAAUAGACAUGAAGAAGAAAGGGAGAUACUGAAGAAUUACUGAUGUUAAAAGGCAAAGACUGAGGGCAGAAUGCUUUUGUCAUUCGGUUGAACUGUAAGCUGAUUUUCAUCUCUAUUCUCCUUUUGCUACCAGUUUCACCUGUUGUGUACAUACUGUAUAUAGUAACAUAAUCAGAAGCAAUAAAAUAUUUUUAAAUCACUUUCUGUAAACCUUUAGGGUUCUAAAUGGACUUCAAUGAGGACUUAAAAGAUUGGUUGUUUUUCAAGUUACUUAAUAUGAAAUGGGACUCAAAAGGAAUUUUGCAGUUGUCAGUGGAGUAUCUUCAUUUACAUGUAGAAAUUUCUUUCAUGAGAUUUUUCAAAGCCCUGUUUUUCUUUUCAUUCCCUUCAGUUGAAUGGAAGAAAAUAUGCUAUUUUGGAUAUUUUUAUUCCUAACCCUGAGCCUUUUGAUUAUUAAUCAUAAGUUUUCUUUACCUUAAUUUAUUUAUUCCAUGUGCAGCUCACUGAAGUAUCAGUGAAAAACUCUGUGUAUUUUUUAUGGUGUUCAACAGAAGAUACCAGAGCAAUUUGUAAAGCAAGUAAUCUUCAUUUUACGAUUAGACUGAUACUCAGUGAUUUUCUCCUACUGAUAGUUUGACCUUGCUUUUCAUGACAUUGCUUUUCGAAAGCCAUGUUAGGCAGGUUUCUUAAUUCUAGAUGCUUAGUGGAAAUGUUAUUUGAGUUCUUGAUAAAAGAGAAGACAAAA